CAAACCGACCCCCCGCUCAGGCUGACCCACCGCAGGAGGCUAUCGAAUGUUCCUGAUGCGUUUUACCGAACGGGCUUACGUGAACUACACCGAGGAGGACGUGCGCAACUCGCCCAACGAGGCGGUGCGGCUCACCUUCUCCAACUCCAACUUCGACCCCCAGGAAGGCCAUUACCUCUACAACAUGUACCUCGACGAGUACGAGUACUCCGAGGAGGUGGGUUUCGACGGGCUGAUGCUCAACGAGCACCACAACACGCCCACCUGCCUGGGCGCGACGAUGAACCUCGAAGCGGCCAUCCUCGCCCGCAACACCAAGAACAGCAAGAUCGUGCUCUUGGGCAACCCCCUGCCCAUUUUCGACAACCCAAUCCGCCUGGCCGAAGAGCUGGCGGAGAUCGACAUGAUCUCCGGCGGCCGGCUGGUAUCCGGCUUUGUGCGCGGCACCGGGGGUGGAGAGUCUGGCCACCAACACCAACCCGCUGCACAACCGGGCGCGCUUCGAAGAAGCCCACGACCUGGUCAUCAAAGACCUGGACCACGCCCGGCCCCUUCCGUUGGGAAGGACACCGACGAGAAGGCCUACGACGUGGGCAAGGGCUACAUGGUGGGCAACAUCGGCGUGGGCCGCAUCCCUCUGCCCCGCGACUACGCCUCGCCGGUGGGCUACGGCAGCCGCAGCGAUGACCCGCGCUUCCUGCGCCUGCGCGAGCAGGUCCGCAGCGACCCGUUCCGCGUGGGCGGCCUGGACGGAGCGGCGUACGACUCCAUCCUGGACUCCAAGCGGUGGAUCAUCGGCAGCCCCGAUACCGUGAUUAGCCAGCUGCGCGAGGUGCUGAGCUUCAUGCGCCCCGGCAUCCUGGCCGUGUGGACUAACGACGGCUCCAUCAGCCAUGAGGAUACGAUGCGCUGCCUGGAGCUGAUGGGCCAGGAGGUGCUGCCGGCACUGCGCGAAAUCGGAGAAGAGCUGGAGCUGACCGACCCCUUCCAGAAGGAAGGUGCACAGCCCGGGCUUACCAGGAUGUAA